AAUUAAAAAAAUCUACUGUUGAAGACGUUUUACGUACACCGGAAACUGUUGCCAGACCGGAAAAGAUUAUGGAGGGCGGGACGUAUUUGAAAUUCGUAACUGUUGAAACUCAUUUUCUGACUUAUCGAAACAGUCUACUGUUGUCUCCAUACAGGUGCCUUUAAUAUUAUUACUGGCAUUAACAUCACUGUGGGGAAAAAAUGAUGUCUUCAAAAAUUCCCAAAGGUUUACCAACAGAGGCAAAAACUGCUUCCAAAACAGACACAUAUCUUAAAAAUCCAAGGGAAAAUGUACCAAAGAAAAAUUUUGCUCCAAAAGCUCACAAAGGGGUCUCAACCAGAUAUGGGCAACAGGUAGAGCUGAAGGAGCAAAAUCAGAACUUGGUGGCUGCAAAUGAGGAGCUGCAGAAAAACCUGUCAGAGAAGCAGCAAAGAGUUGCUGAGUUGGAGCUGCAACUCGACGAGCUUCAGACGGAGAAUGUAGAGUUUCAGAAAAACCUACAGGACUGUCACACCCUCCUAGUUUCUGCCAAAAUAGACCCAGUUUUAGGGGAAAGGGUUGGAGAGGAUGCAAGACAGAAGGAAGAAAAAAGGAAAGAAGUUAUGAGUGUUUCCACUGACUUGCUGAGGGAAUUAAAGGCCUUUGGGGACAUUGCAUCACAACAGCAUACUCAGCUACAGGAAAUCCAAGCAAAAAUGGAGGACAUCACUAAAGCGCGAGAACUUCUGAAGCGAGAAACGGAGAACUUCUCUCAGGAGGCUGCUGAAAUUGAGAGAGCUCUAAAAGAGGCAGAAGCACUCUUGCUGUAAACUUCAAACAACAACAAAAUCUUUUGUACAUAUUAAUGUGUUGCAUAUUUUUGAAAUAAAGAUUUAAUGUGUCUA